AUUUGUCACAGCUAAAGCAUCGAACUAAAUGGGCCAUCUAUCGCCAUGCGGGCUCAAGAGACCACCGCUACCACAGUGCUACCGCGGCCGAGCCGAGAACAAGGAUGUCCAAGAAGUCACCGGGAGACUUCAUCAAACAGGUGCUGGGCCGGCCGGUCAUUGUGAAGCUGAACAACGGAGCCGACUACCGUGGCAUUUUGUCGUGUCUUGAUGGCUACAUGAACCUCGCCAUGGAGCAAACCGAGGAGUACAUCGAUGGUCAGCUGAAGCACAAGUACGGCGAUACCUUCAUCCGAGGCAACAACGUGCUGUACAUCAGCGCGCAGCCCAAGAAGUGAGACACCUGAGAUACCUGAGAUGCGGAUUGAGAUGCAGCCUGGAAUUGUGAAGAUGAGUUCUGAAGGGCGGUGGUAGUUGUGAAGGGCUGAAUGUAUAGAACAGGCGGAUUUGGCAAUGCCAGCGGAAAA